AUGGCUUCCACGUUCCAAAUACGUAGUCCAAGUGAGUGCGGCCUGGAAUCGGCAAAACCUCUGUCGAGUCAUAGGAGAGCAGGUCUGCCAGUUGAUGGACAGGUCUUGGGUAGUGGCAGCCUAAAAAAGGAGUCCAAGCACAUAACCAGCAGUCUCCAGCCAGAGCGAAACCAGAAGCCGGCAAGGGGGCAAGGGGAGGAGGCUUUGGAGCAGACUCCCAGUAUCGCAGAGGAUGGCGAGCAUAGGCCCAGGCCCCCCUCUCGCCGCCACUUCAUGCUGUGCGUCAGCUGCGCGGCAGCGGGAGCGGUUCUGGCGUCCGGAGACGCCGCCACAGCCGAGGUCGACAGCCCAACCGUCGAGGGGGCUGUGCCGGGUUGCAGGAAUUGCAAUGGGUCCGGGUUUGUGGUUUGCGACAUGUGCGGGGGGACGGGCAAGUGGAAGGCGCUGAACCGGAAGCGGGCAAAGGACCAAUACGAGUUUGCCGAGUGUCCCAACUGCUAUGGGCGCGGCAAGCUGUUGUGUCCCAUCUGCCUAGGAACCGGGCAAGCGAACGUCAAGGGGUUGCUCCGGCGUCCAGAAUCUAAGGAGUUGUUGGAGAAGAUUCACAGAGGCGAGCUUCGACUAGGCUCCUAGUGCAGCUGCCGGUCCAUGUCGGGGGCCUUGCCAGGAUGCAUUUCCGUGGGUCUGCAUUGAUGUCCAGGAAUCAGCAUAAACGGUUCAAGUUUACACAUCCGUGACUUUUACAGGUAGAUUCUCAACGGUCUGAGAAUAAUAAGGCAGACGCCACAUGUGACGAGCCUUCAGUUGUCCCUCUCAUCCGGAGAUAGGGAGAGGACCCCAUAGCUCAAUUUGGUACUUCGUGUCCCUACGGCGUACCCUCAAUAUCAGAGGUCUGCUCAAAUUUUGGAACUUUCUUUCGGCUUUCGGGUUCGGUAGGCUGCAUCAUUGCUCAAAUUGCUCCCUGCG